CACCGGAAUCUCCACCCCUCCCCUCUUCCAUUCCCCGGCACGACCGCGACCAAGACCCACGCCAAUCGUCUCCAUCACCAGAAGAGCAAAAUCCCGAUCGCAACUUCGCAUCCUCUCGAUUCCCCGUCAAACUUUUUUUUUUUUUUCCGGUCAGAAUUCCCCGUCAAACUUCGCCUCCCAAAUUUCGAAGCUUCUUCAAUGUGUGAUGAGCACGCGCGGCAACGACGCAAGGUCGUGGCGCAACCUCGUCCGAAAUCGAAUUCGCUGGUCCGUCUCCGUCCGCGUCCCGCUCGCGUUUCCCUCCUCAGACGCGCCUUCGCGCCUAAAAACACAAGGUUCAAGAGCGCCCACGCGCACGCGCCCCCCAAAAUCGAAUCGCCACAUUCAGAUGAGUUUCUGCCCUAACCGGCUCACUUCCCUUCUUCGCAAAGCCCGCAGCCUCUUCGGCCUCGCCGCCACCGCUUCCUCCGCCGCCGCCGCAGCCUCCUCCUCCUCCUCCUCCUCCGGUGCAUCCGCCUCCGCCGCCGCCGCCAUGGAGGACCUCAAGGCCAUGAAGACCCGCCUCUGCAUCAUCGGGAGCGGCCCCGCCGGCCACACCGCCGCCAUCUACGCCGCCCGCGCCGAGCUCAAGCCGAUCCUCUUCGAGGGGUGGAUGGCCAACGACAUCGCCCCCGGCGGCCAGCUCACCACCACCACCGACGUCGAGAACUUCCCGGGGUUCCCCGAGGGGAUCCUCGGCAUGGAGCUCAUGGACCGCUGCCGCAACCAGUCGCUCCGGUUCGGCACCCAGAUCUUCACCGAGACGGUCACCAAGGUCGACUUCUCCGUCCGCCCCUUCAAGGUCUUCACCGACGCCAGGGCCGUGGUCGCCGACUCCGUGAUCGUCGCCACCGGAGCCGUCGCGAAGCGGCUCAGCUUCCCCGGCUCCGGCGACGGCCCCGACGGCUUCUGGAACCGCGGCAUAUCGGCGUGCGCCGUGUGCGACGGCGCCGCCCCGAUAUUCAGGAACAAGCCGCUGGCGGUGAUCGGAGGCGGCGACUCGGCGAUGGAGGAGGCGAACUUUCUGACCAAGUACGGAUCCAAGGUUUACAUCCUUCACCGGAGGGACACGUUCAGGGCCUCGAAGAUUAUGCAGAACAGGGCGAUGAGUAAUCCUAAGAUCGAGGUUGUGUGGAACUCUGUAGUGGAGGAGGCGUAUGGGGAAGGGGAGAGAGGGUCUUUGGGAGGGUUGAAGGUCAAGAAUGUUGUUACUGGAGAGGUUUCCGAUUUGAAGGUCUCUGGAUUGUUCUUCGCCAUCGGGCACGAGCCUGCUACCAAGUUUUUGGGCGGACAGUUGGAGCUUGAUUCCGAUGGUUAUGUCGUGACGAAGCCUGGGACCACGCACACGAGCGUACGAGGAGUUUUCGCCGCCGGGGAUGUUCAGGAUAAGAAGUAUCGGCAGGCUGUUAGUGCCGCUGGGACAGGGUGCAUGGCAGCCCUUGAUGCGGAACAUUAUUUGCAAGAAAUCGGAUCCCAGGAAGGUAAAAGUGAUUGACUAUCUGGUGCUAGCCCCAAGCUCUGAGGCCACUCGAAUUGAAAGCGAGUUGAAAUCACUGGGAAUACAAAGAAGGCUCUCUAAGUCUCUAGGCAUUAUAUUAUUUAUCUUGUGUUUUGAAUUGCAACGAUCAUUAAACUAAUAUUUUGGUGCAGAGUUAUGCUCACCAUGAAUAUUAUACUAUUGGAUUUAAUCGUUCAAGAUUUGCCGCGAGCUGUCUGCUUGCGCUCGAGCUUG